AUGGAGGUGUGUGUCAUUGCCAAGUGCACAUAUAAGUCGGAAACCAUCAUGUUUUCAGUUUCAUCAGAGUCAUCCAUGGUUGAUAUUUUGAAGACUUUGUGUCUGAGGUUUAGGGGUUUGCAGGUGGGUUGUUUCACAUUACGGUAUUCGGUGCCCAGUUAUCCGAGUUGUUUUCUAGAAACGGAUAGCGAUUUGGACUUGAUGAGGACAUUUUUGUUGAUAUCAAAUGAGAAGACUGUUGAUAUUUUAGUGAAGGAUUUAUGCGGGAUCAAUGAAUAUAGUGGUGAUUUUUGUGUAAAUAAGGAGUUGAUAGCAUGUGAAAAGGGCGAGUCGUCGUGUUCUAGUACUGUCGAAGACAGAAACGAGUUUUUGGGCAGGUCGAAGAGAGCAAGUGCUAAGCCUUUGUUGUCAAAUGAGUGGGAGACAUACAUACAUCAUGUGGGGCAGAAGUUUGACGGUGGUGCAGAGGAGUUCCGGUUGAAAUUGUGCAACUGGCGUGUUUAUGCUUCUCGUUGUGAAGCUACUAGCAGUUUUGUAAUUCGGACGUUAAAUAAUGUUCAUACAUGUGCGGGUCGGAUAUGGGAAUCAAAGAGUAAGAUGAUGAGGUCUCGUGUGGUGUCCUCCCUCAUUGUGGACAGAAUUCGUGCAAAACCAGAGCUGAAGCCAGCUGAGAUUAUACACGAGUUCAAAGAUUAUUAUGGUAUAGACAUUUCAUACUACCACGCAUGGUUUGGCAAAGAGUUAGCUAAAUUGGACGUUCACGGUGAUGAGUCGAAGUCCUUCAACGAGUUAGUGUGGUAUGCGGAUGCCGUAAAGGAAACUAACACUGGUUCUCUCUGCACUCUUGAUUGUGAAGCUGGAAUUAAUCGCUUUCGACGGUUUUUUGUGUCUUUUGGCGGUUGCAUUGCUGGAUUUCAAUAUUGCAUACCCUUGUUGUUCAUUGAUGCUACGUUUUUGAAGAGCAAGUACAAGGGGCAGCUUCUCUGUGCUUCGGGAAAGAAUGGAAAUCAAG